AUGAGUGAGCCAACCUUCUCCCAAUUCGGCCAACUUCCGCAGGAGCUGCAGUCCGCAAUCUGGGAUGCAGCUUGCCUUGUGCCGGGGCCGGCCGCUCAUCGAUUCAUCAUCCACGGCCAGGGCUUUCUUGCCCGGACCAUCAGGCUGAGCUCGAUCAGAGGCAGCCCUCUGAAACUCGGCACCGCCUACACGCUGCUCGUGCCGUGGGACAACAACGACUCCGCCUAUCUUCUCAACAGCGCGCUCUGGACUGCCUCGACUGCCUCGCGGGCCGCCAUGCUGAGGCGGUACAAGAAGAACGAAUGGUGGGCAGACGCACGCAGAGAGCACCCCGGCCAAUUACCAAAGAAGCUCGCAGGACGUGGCCAGUAUGGUGAAGAGGGCGAGGCAGCGCACACCGCGUCAUACACCGAUCCAAAUGGCAAUAUACGAUAUAUCACGUUCCUCGGUGAAGACCUGAUCCAUCUUGACCCCUUGGGAGUUGACUCUGUCGAUUGGUUUCAUCACUAUGCUUCAGAUAGCCUUCCCCUGAUCAACUACCGAGGUCUGGACCGCUCCACGUCGGAGGCGGGCUUCCUGCCCUUGAACAUUGCCAUCGACUACGACCCGGCCAUGCUACACCUCAUGGAGGGUCGCCCCGUUCAUCGAUGCGACGGGCCCCUGAAGAUGUCGCAGCCCGGCAUCUUAGACAUGGUCACCUUGCUACACGAGCUGGCGGGUAGGAGCCUCUGGUUCGUUGACCAUCGUCUCAAAAAGCGCGUGGUCGAUUCCAAAGCAACGCCGGUCCCGUCUAACCAGCCCCCCGCCAUUCAAAAGAUAGUGGACGAUGAGAGGAAGAGGUUCUACGGGAGUGAUACCACCUACGUUGAAGUUCGACGCGAUGAUAUGCACCUAUGGGAGAUGGACGCAGAUGAAAGCUCCCCGUUUGAGUUUCUCGACAGCCUGAGCAGCAACAUUGAGGAUCUGUCGAGGGUGAAGAUACUGGCUUGUCAGAUGGCGCUUGGAAAGCCGCCCCGGAUGAAAAUCCCCGAGAAUUCAGGGUGCGAUGUCUGCAGUCCGCCUCCUCCAAGACGGAUGAGGCCGCGCGAUCCUCCGGCUGAUGAGUCUGAUAGCGAUUCAAUUACGUCGGCCGAUCUAAAUCUCUUCGACUAA